CCCCUUUCCUGCGAGGGGCGGGCCUUCCGCCCCGGGCCCCGGCGCAAUGCGGAAGAGAUGGACCUGCUGGAACGGAAGUGACGCUUCCGGCGACUGUGGCUGCGGCUGCGGAAGACGGAGGAGGAGGAGCCGGAGGAAGAGGGCUGCCUCUGAAGAAAGGAGAAUGGCGUUCAGCAAAGGAUUUCGGAUCUAUCACAAAUUGGAUCCCCCACCUUUCAGCCUCAUAGUGGAAACUAGGCAUAAGGAAGAAUGUCUCAUGUUCGAGUCUGGGGCUGUAGCCGUGCUCUCAUCAGCAGAAAAAGAGGCAAUCAAGGGUACAUAUUCCAAAGUUCUCGAUGCAUAUGGACUUUUAGGUGUUUUACGAUUAAAUCUUGGUGAUACUAUGUUACAUUAUCUGGUCCUAGUCACUGGAUGUAUGUCUGUUGGAAAAAUUCAAGAAUCUGAAGUUUUCCGAGUUACUUCCACUGAAUUUAUUUCACUACGCGUUGACUCCUCAGAUGAGGAUCGCAUUUCAGAAGUGCGAAAAGUGCUGAAUUCAGGAAACUUCUAUUUUGCAUGGUCUGCAUCUGGAACCAGUUUGGAUCUGAGUCUUAAUGCCCAUCGUAGCAUGCAGGAACACACAACUGAUAAUAGAUUUUUCUGGAAUCAGUCUUUGCACUUGCAUCUCAAGCACUAUGGUGUGAAUUGUGAUGACUGGUUAUUACGCCUCAUGUGUGGGGGAGUAGAAAUCAGAACAAUUUAUGCUGCUCACAAACAGGCCAAGGCUUGCCUCAUUUCCAGACUAAGCUGUGAACGUGCUGGGACCAGGUUCAAUGUCCGGGGAACAAAUGAUGAUGGUCACGUCGCUAAUUUCGUAGAAACUGAGCAGGUUGUGUACUUAGACGACUCCGUUUCUUCCUUCAUACAAAUCCGGGGAUCUGUCCCCUUGUUCUGGGAGCAACCAGGGCUGCAGGUGGGAUCUCAUCGUGUCCGUAUGUCAAGGGGCUUCGAAGCCAAUGCACCUGCUUUUGACAGGCAUUUUAGAACACUCAAGAAUUUAUACGGUAAACAAAUAAUAGUAAAUUUGCUUGGAUCUAAGGAAGGUGAACAUAUGCUAAGUAAGGCUUUCCAGAGUCAUUUGAAAGCUUCUGAGCACGCAGCUGAUAUCCAGAUGGUGAAUUUUGACUACCAUCAAAUGGUUAAAGGAGGAAAGACAGAAAAAUUACACAGUAUUCUUAAACCUCAAGUCCAAAAGUUUCUAGAUUAUGGAUUUUUUUAUUUCAAUGGAAGUGAAGUUCAAAGAUGCCAGAGCGGUACAGUUCGGACAAACUGCUUGGAUUGUCUUGAUAGAACAAAUAGCGUGCAGGCAUUCCUUGGUUUAGAGAUGCUAACUAAACAGUUGGAAGCCCUCGGCCUAGCUGAAAAGCCUCAGUUGGUGACUCGCUUUCAAGAAGUUUUUCGAUCCAUGUGGUCUGUGAAUGGUGAUUCAAUCAGUAAGAUUUAUGCGGGAACCGGAGCUCUUGAAGGGAAGGCUAAGGCUGGAAAGUUAAAAGAUGGUGCUCGUUCUGUUAGUCGAACAAUCCAGAAUAACUUCUUUGACAGCUCCAAGCAAGAGGCCAUUGAUGUUUUGCUACUAGGAAAUACCCUAAAUAGUGAUUUAGCUGACAAAGCUCGAGCCCUUUUAACUACUGGAAGUUUGCGUGUUUCUGAACAGACAUUACAGUCAGCAUCUUCUAAAGUACUAAAGAGCAUGUGUGAGAAUUUCUACAAGUAUUCGAAGCCCAAGAAAAUUCGAGUAUGUGUGGGCACCUGGAACGUGAAUGGCGGGAAGCAGUUCCGCAGCAUAGCUUUUAAGAAUCAGACCCUCACCGACUGGCUUCUUGAUGCACCCAAGUUAGCUGGUAUCCAGGAGUUUCAAGAUAAGAGAAGUAAGCCAACUGAUAUAUUUGCGAUUGGUUUUGAAGAAAUGGUAGAGUUGAAUGCUGGGAACAUUGUGAAUGCCAGCACAACAAAUCAGAAGCUCUGGGCUGUGGAACUGCAGAAGACCAUCUCCAGAGACAACAAGUACGUGUUGCUGGCUUCCGAGCAGCUGGUGGGCGUCUGCCUGUUUGUUUUUAUCAGACCACAGCAUGCUCCGUUCAUCAGGGAUGUUGCGGUUGAUACCGUGAAGACUGGAAUGGGAGGUGCAACUGGAAAUAAGGGAGCGGUCGCCAUUCGCAUGCUGUUCCACACCACAAGCCUCUGCUUCGUCUGCAGCCACUUUGCAGCAGGACAAUCACAAGUCAAAGAGCGAAAUGAAGAUUUUAUAGAAAUAGCGCGGAAGCUGAGUUUCCCAAUGGGAAGGAUGCUCUUUUCCCAUGACUAUGUAUUUUGGUGUGGUGAUUUUAACUACCGAAUCGAUCUCCCUAAUGAAGAAGUUAAGGAGCUCAUAAGACAGCAGAAUUGGGAUUCUCUUAUAGCAGGAGAUCAACUUAUCAAUCAGAAAAAUGCUGGACAGAUUUUUAGGGGAUUUUUAGAAGGAAAAGUAACCUUUGCUCCAACAUAUAAAUAUGAUCUGUUUUCUGAUGACUAUGACACCAGUGAAAAGUGCCGCACCCCUGCCUGGACAGACCGUGUCCUCUGGAGAAGAAGGAAAUGGCCUUUUGAUAGAUCAGCUGAAGACUUAGAUCUCCUAAAUGCCAGUUUCCAAGACGGCAGCAAGAUCCUCUACACGUGGACUCCUGGCACUUUGCUGCACUACGGAAGGGCGGAGCUGAAGACGUCAGACCAUAGGCCUGUCGUUGCCCUGAUUGAUAUCGAUAUAUUUGAAGUCGAAGCUGAAGAGAGGCAAAACAUUUAUAAACUAGUGAUUGCAGUUCAGGGGCCGCCAGAUGGUACGGUGUUGGUCUCCAUCAAAAGUUCUUUAUCAGAAAAUAAUUUUUUCGACGAUGCUCUGAUUGAUGAGCUUCUGCAGCAAUUUACAAACUUUGGUGAAGUUAUACUCAUAAGGUUUGUGGAAGAUAAAAUGUGGGUUACAUUUUUGGAGGGAAGCUCUGCCUUGAGUGCUCUAGAGCUGAAUGGUAAAGAGUUAUUGGGUCGGACCAUAACGAUUACUUUAAAAAGUCCAGAUUGGAUCAAAAAUUUGGAAGAGGAAAUGAGUUUAGAGAAAAUCAGCGUCCCACUGCCGUCAUCAACAAGCUCCACGCUGCUGGGUGAAGAUGCGGAGGUCACGGCCGACUUCGAUAUGGAAGGCGACGUGGAUGACUACAGUGCCGAGGUGGAGGAAAUCCUUCCCCAGCAUCUCCAGCCAUCUUCAAGCUCUGGCCUCGGCACAUCCCCAAGUUCCUCACCCCGGACCAGUCCCUGCCAGUCACCUACAAUAUCAGAGGGUCCUGUGCCUUCCCUUCCCGUAAGACCAAGUCGAGCUCCGUCGAGAACGCCUGGGCACCCAGCUUCACAGAGUCCUUUUGCAGGUUCUCCUAGCGAUGCUCCGCCAGCAGCACAACUGCAGCAGAAGGAUUCUUGCCAGCCCUUAGAACCCAAGCGGCCUCCUCCUCCCCGCCCGGUUGCUCCUCCCGCUGCUCCUCCCGCGCGUCCAGCUCCCCCGCAAAGGCCGCCUCCACCCUCAGGGGCUAGGAGUCCUGCACCUGCUAGAAAAGAAUUUGGAGGUAUUGGAGGCCCUCCCAGUCCUGGGGUAGCUAGGCGAGAACUGGAAGCACCCAAAAGCCCUGGAACGACACGGAAAGAUAAUAUAGGACGCAGCCAGCCUUCACCUCAGACAGGACUCUCGGGCCCAGGACCUGCUGGAUACAGUGCAGCCAGACCGAUGAUUCCGCCCCGUGCUGGAGUGAUCAGCGCCCCCCAGAGCCACGCUCGGGUGUCCGCUGGGAGACUGACACCUGAAAGCCAGAGCAAACCUGCGGAAGCACUGAAAGGGCCAGCCCUGCUUCCCGAACCACUGAAGCCUCAGGCUGCCCUUCCGGUGCAGCCUUCCCUGCCCCCCGCCGUUCAAAAGAUGCAGGAGCCUCUUGUCCCCGUGGCAGCGCCCCUGCCUCCGUCCGCCCCGCAGCCCAGCCUGGAAACCCCGCCACAGCCGCCCCCCCGGAGCAGGUCGUCACACAGCUUGCCGGCCGAUCCCCCGGCCCAACCGCAGCAGGAGCAACCAUCAGGGUAACAGGUAAAAACAAACGGAGUCUCCGCCGUCAGACUGGACUCGCCAUUAAAGAGUGACCCGUUUGAAGACCUGUCGUUGAAUCUGCUUACUGUAUUAAAGGAUCAGUUCCCUGUUCAAACCCCAGACCCAGAGGGGUUGAUUCCGUUGCCUUGCGCAACCCCAGGCAACACGAAUACUUUGAGUUCUGCAAGCUGCAUGCCGACAAUGCCUCCAAUUCCAGCCCGGAGUAAAUCCCAGGAAAACACACGCUGUUCGCCAAACCCAUUCGUCACGAGCUCGAGCGGCACAAACCCUUUCACCGACAGGACUGCCGCUCCCGGAAACCCCUUUAGAGCUGGGUCUCAAGAAUCAGAGGCAACUUCAUGGUUCUCCCAAGAACAGCCUGUUGCUCAGAGUCCUUUCCCUUCUCUGAAGCCUCUUGGUGAGAUCAAGCCUGCAUCGUCGCUGGAGGGCUUUAAGGACAGUUUUGACCCGAAGGGCCCGCCCGCAGUCAAAGUCAGCAACCCCAGAGGCUGGGUGACCUUCGAGGAAGAAGAGGACUUUGGUGUGGCAGGGAGGUCAAGGCCCACUGGUCCAGACUCGCGGGGUCAUCAGCCGAGUUCGUCCUCUGGCUCCAAGGUGAGCUUCGGUGAUGACUGGACUCCAGGUACCGAUGUUGCUUUCUGUGUGUUGCCCACGAGAAGACCUCCUCCUCCGCCCGUCCCCCUGCACCCACCCGGCGCCCCCGCUCCAGCACAGCCUUUCACGGCCUUGGCGUCUAAGGCAUCACCCGAGCUAGAUUUGACAGAAAGAUAAUGUUUCGGCCGAGUAGAGCCAAAUGAAUGGGGCAUUCGUUCUUCAUUAUGUGCAAUAAGUCCUUGUAAAGUGCACUGCUGUUGUCAUUGAAAUACCACUAUUUAAUGUGUACAGAGUUGGACUAUGUGUAUAUUGGAAAUAAGGAAAAAUCCUUCUCGUUAUUAACUGGAAGUUCGGCGUGUUUCUGUUUGGAUAAGAGAGAUUAGAAGCCAUAAAAAGUGCUCGAAACUACUUUAGAAAAUAGUCCUUAUUCAGAAACUCUUUGUUAGUCUCCUUUAAAGAAUCUCAAAAAGCCCAAACAGCUUCUAGCUGACAUGACUGCCAGCCCUUUCGUACUUGUCAACAAUUGGUGUUUAUAAGUAUUUACCAAAGAGCUGUCAAAGUUAUACUGGAACAGAAUUUAAAAAGACCUUUUUUUUUAAGUGUAUAUCCACACACACACACACACAUAUACAAAUACACACACUUACAUAUUGGUAAAAUCCAUAAUUUAAAUUAUAGGGUAUAAGUCAGACCAAGUUUUUAUUUAGAAGUUCUAUCAGAGUUCUUUUUUCAGUAUUUCAUUAUCAAAAGGAUGGCUAAAAAUGAAAUUUGGACAUCUUCUUACUUUUCUUUCCAAAACUAGAAUGAUCCCAAUACAGAACCGGAUUUUGCCACCAUUCCACACCCGCCCCUCCAACACACACCCUUGUCACUUCCCACUCCAGCGCCUCUGCAUGCUUUUUUGUGGGACGAGCUUCUUGCAGCAGCUGGACGCUGCAGAUUGUGCGAUCAGUGUCAUGUGGACAGACACUCCAGCUCUUUCAAAAAAGCCUGCUGGGAGUUCCCUGGUAGCCUAGCUGUUAAAGACCGAGCAUUGUCACUGUUGUGGCACAGGUCACUGCUGAGGUUCAGGUUCGAUCCCUGGCCUGCGAACUUCUACAUGCCGUGGGCAUAGCCAAAAAAAAUAGGCAAGCUGGCCUUAGGUCUCAGGAAGGCACAGGCCACCCAGCUCGGUGAGAACCAUUAGAGCUAAAUGUACAUUAACAUGUCUGCCCACGGCCGGCCCUCCCACACUUUUGGAUUCACUGCUUCCCACUCAGGAACCCCAUCCUCUGGGUGCCCUGAAUUGGAAUCUACCCAGUGCGUGUUCUCUCUCCCCUCUCCCGAGGCUAUGACAUGUCUGUGAUGCUGCUUUAGGUUUUCAGAGGUUACCCCCCCCAACUAGCUGUGGAAUCGUCUCCUGCACUGCCAACAUGCAGCUGAUCCUGCUUUGAUUAAUUUUGUGAAGACGUACACAGAAUUUAUACAGAAUGGAGACUUUUGAUAUCAUUAAAUCAUCCCAAUCAGAAAACUCCUUGAGCAGUGGUUCUUUUGUUGUCAGUGUAGGUUGAAAUCACCUUUACCCAUCAAGACUUAUGUUUUUUAUACAUAGACUUGUGUGUGUCCACCUACCUUCCAUCGUCCACAUUUAACCUUGAAAGAUGUGCAUUGGGGAAUAUCAGAAAAUUGAGUUCAUGGCCAAGAAGAUGUAAAAUGUAAAAAGCACAGCAAAACUGCAUCGUACUUAACCACAUCAGGCAAAUCUAUUAGGAAAAAAAGCACUUUUCUAAAUGCUCAAAUGUUACCAGAAUACUAUAUUUAUAUAAGUAAUCCUCUCUCUAUUAACAGCCAGGAUUUGCUGUUAGAAAUAACUCUCGUGAGUUUUAUAGUGUGCUUUUUGGGGUUCUAAUCAUUUCAGCAGUAGUAUAUUUUAAACAGCAGUAUUACUAUAAGCAAUGUGCUUCAAAAUGUGAAUUAACUUGUUGAAACUGUGGUUUUAACAUCUAUGUGAUUUGUGUAUAAGGCAUUUGCUUUCCAUUAGCAAAAUACUUCAUUAUAAAGUUCACUAGUGCAGAUUGCAAUUCCAUGAGCAAUGUUUCCUAUUGAAUAUCAGCUACUGUCUAAAAUAAACAUAUCAUGCAGCAGCUCAGCCUUUAUCAGGAAAUUCUCUGGGGCAAGUUGCUGAAAAAGUGCACAAAGUUAUGAAAGGCGUAAAGGUAUGCUGCCGAUAACUAGCCAUUAUUCUAUGUGUUAUUAAAAUAUUUGCCAGUUCUGUUAAAAGCAGAGGAGAAAUUAGACACUAAGGAUCUCUUUGUGAAUUCUUUGUUCUCUAAAGUAGAUUGCUGUUUAUAUGUAAGAAUUUUAUUGCUUAUGUGGCAUACAAUAUUUAUAACUAUAUACUUUAUAGAAGUACAGUAUGAAAGUCAGUGGUAUAUAAACACUGUAUAUAUCCUGUGAAAUGUGCUCUCAUACGAAAUAAAUAUACCUGUCAUUACGUUGACUA